UAACAUGAGUAAGUGUUUUAAAAGAUGCAAGAAAUUUAUUCCUUUAUUUAGUCGUCUAUUUUGCAGCGAAAAACAUGAAAACGUAGCACUUAAACGAUUUUUCGGUUUCAUAUUUGGAUUCUCUUUAGGAAUAUUAUUUUAUAAGUUUAUUUUAGUGGAUUUAGACUUUACCGAAGAUUCUGCCAUAAUAGUUGGAGGUACAAUAUGCUUCAUGCUAGCCUUUGGAUAUGCUUUUUCUUCUCAAAUUAGAUGUAUUACUUGCCUCACAUUCCCAAUUUUUGGUGGAAAAGCUGGAAGGGGAGUCCUUAAAGCUUUGGUUAUUGCUUUUGUUAUAUCAGGUCCUAUUCAAAAUAUAGGCAAUAACGGUAAAGAAGUAGUACGUGUUUUUGCUUGCACUGCUGCUCUUACUUAUAACAUGACUAAAACAAGAUUUGAGCUGAUGUUCAAGCCAUUUACACAAGCAAUUUUUGGAAUGAAAGCAGACAUGAAUGAAGUCAAAGAUACGUUGAGAUCUAUUAAAGACGUCUCAGCACCUAUAACCGGAGAAAUUGAAGAUGACCGUGAAAUGAGAAAGAUGAAAGAAGAAAACGAUUAUUUGGACAUUAAACUCGGAGAUACGAAAAGAUCAAAAACAAUCGAUGAAAAGUACAAAACAAAAGGUGAGCAGAUCGAAGCCGAACGCUAUGAAAAGAUGUAUAUGGAAAAGAUAGAAUUGAGGUGUGAAAAUCAGUUCACCAAGGCAUCCAAUAAAUGCAGGGAAAUGUUUGCAAAUGCUUACGAUACGUGUUACGAUACGGUUACCUGGUUAGCAGCUUGGUUAUUGUGUUGGCCGAUGAAACUGGAUUUUAUUUGUAAUAUUGCUGAAGCUCUAGGUGGCAGUAAGAGAUGUGAUCCCAGAAAGGACAUGGAUCCAGGUUUUGGUGAAGGCUACUCAUACCUCAAACACUCAAGAACAUUUUUAUUUAAAAAUUUCAGAGACGUAAAAUUACAGUAUAAAUUGGAACAUAUAAAAGCGCUUAAGGAUAUCAGAGACGCAAAAGAUACCGCGAAAUCCAUAUGGCAUGAAGUAAACAGCAAAAGAAGAAUAGUGUUACAAGUUCUUGUAAUAGCUAAAAGGAUGUUGGCAUUCAUUUUCCUUAAAAUUUUAUUAGAGUCCCAGAAGUAUCAUGACAAAUACUUGAGAGAUAUUGAAUUUGAUAACGUAUAUAUUUCUAAGUACUUCAGAAAAAUCGAUGCCCGUAGGGACUCACAAGAAAAACACACCUUGUUACCACUAAAAAAGAUUGAAAAGAAAAAGCUAGUAGAUCCUUGGUCAACUGUUCCCCUGAAAAGUGAAAGAGCCCGAAUUAAAUCUGAGGCAGUUGUAAUGUUGCUAGAAAUAUUAACAAUCACUAUUUUGGUACUAUUAGACCGAUUAUUUUACGAAGCUUUGGAUAUAAUAAGAAGGCAUGCCAGGAUUGAUUAUCUUCAAACUGGACAUCACGAUUUAACUAUAGAUGUAAAAGGCACUGGAAUGAUAGCGUCUCUAUUGAGAUCAUUAGUUAGAGGUUUCAAUGUUAAAAAACGUAUUAGAAUAGAACGCACCAAUGAAAAAUGUUUACCCAGACCACGGUUACUACUCAACUACUAUUUGUAUAAAAUAUAUGGUACUUACUUGGCCGUAGUCAUAAUGAUGUUUUUACAAGCUUAUUGCCUUAGACUGAGAAGAGUACUAUGUUCAUAUUUUUAUAGGAAAAGAGAAAAGAAGAGAGUUUUAUAUCUUUAUAAUGAAACUUUAAAGCGAAGGAAAGGAUUUUUUAGAUUCAUGAGGAAGAAAAUUAGAAGGAUGGUAAGGGAAAAUCGAUUAAAAGAAGACUUUACCGGCAUUCAAAUUCUUCGAAUAAAUCAUCCUAAAGCAUGCGACUGGCUUCGAAUAUUUCCAUUUGCAAGAAGAAAGUGUCUGAUUUGUAAAGAACCUGAACCUAGAAAAUCUAGCAAUUUGAACGAGUUUGUCGAAUGUCCUAACGAAUUUUGUCACUUUAUUUAUUGCAGAGAGUGCUGGAUUGAUAUGGGUCAGGUCUGUCUUGCAUGUCAAACAGAAACAGAAGAGACUACUAGCGGCUUUGAAGAUAACGAUACUGACGAGGACACUGAUUUUUAAUUUUUAUAGAUAUUUUAAGUUAACUUGUAGCAUAUGUUACCUUAUUAAUAUAUUUGAUAUUUUGCCAUUA